UUCCUCUCAUUUGAUAGUCAGAGAAACUCAUAUCACAACUAAAGGUCAUAAACUCCAGUUUGUAAACUGAGAUAAUCUCAGCUGAACGAACUUUCUGACCCUCUGCUUUCCCGCAGCCUCUCGGUGCCCUUGAAGUCAUGUCAGUUCAAGCAGCCCCAUGAGGCAUUACAAUGUUUAAUUACUUCAGUGAUUAUUAAACCUUGCCCUGUGUUGACCCCAGGUGAAUCACAAGCUGAACUUCUGACAAGGACAAGUUAUGAUAUUCUUUUCAAUUACAGAAAAAGCACCACCCACCUAUGAUACUGUGCUACAGAUGGAGUAUCUCGACAUGGUGGUGAAUGAAACGCUCAGAUUAUUCCCAGUUGCUAUGAGACUUGAGAGGGUCUGCAAAAAAGAUGUUGAAAUCAAUGGGAUGUUCAUUCCCAAAGGGGUGGUGGUGAUGAUUCCAACCUAUGUUCUUCAUCAUGACCCAAAGCACUGGACAGAGCCUGAGAAGUUCCUCCCUGAAAGGUUCAGUAAGAAGAACAAGGACAAUAUAGAUCCUUACAUAUAUACACCCUUUGGAGGUGGACCCAGGAACUGCAUUGGCAUGAGGUUUGCUCUCCUGAACAUGAAACUUGCUCUAACCAGGGUCCUUCAGAACUUCUCCUUCAAACCUUGUAAAGAAACACAGAUCCCCCUGAAAUUACGCUUUGGAGGAAUUUUUCAACCAGAAAAACCCAUUGUUCUAAUGGCUGAGUCAAGGAAUGGGACUGUAAGUGGAGCCUGAUUUCCCUAAGGACUUCUGCUUUGCUCUUCAAGAAAGCUGUGCCCCAGAACCCCAGAGACCUCAAAUUACUUUGUGAAUAGAACCCUGAAAUGAAGAUGGGCUUCAUCCAAUGUAUUGCAUAAAUAACCAGGGAUUCUCUGCAUGUAUUGUGCUCUCUCAUGGUCUGUAUAGAGUGUUAUACUUGGUAAUAUAAAGGAGAUGACUAAAUCAGUGCUGGGGAAGUAGAUUUGGCUUCUCUGCUUCUCAUAGGACUAUCUCCACCACCCCCAGUUAGCACCAUUAACUCCUCCUGAGCUCUGAUAACAGAAUAAACAUUUCUCAAUAAUUUCAUCCACAAUCAUUAAUGAAAAUAAGAAUUAUUUUGAUGGCUCUAACAGUGGCAUUUAUAUCACAUGUUAUAUCUGGAGUAUUCUAUAGUAAGUUUUAUAUUAAGCUAAUCAAUAAAAACCUCUUUACAAGA